AUGGCUCCAUUCACUCUCAAAUGGGGAAUCCUGGCCACGGGUGGCAUCGCUGAGAACUUCACCCAGGAUCUCCUCACCAACCCCGCAGCCCGAGAAGUCGAUGAUGUGUGCCACGAAAUCGUUGCGGUCGCCUCUUCCACUUCCAGCCAGCGGGCGGCAGACUUCAUCAAGAAGAUUGAUGGGCCUGCCUCAGCCAAGUCUUACGGCUCCUAUGCCGAGCUCGUCGCUGACCCCAACGUCGACAUCAUCUACGUCGCUACUCCCCACAGCCACCACUUCCAGAACGCCAUGUUGGCCAUCCAGGCUGGCAAGAAUGUCCUCUGCGAGAAGGCUCUCACCGUGACGGCGUCCCAGACCAAGAAGUUGAUCGAGGCUGCCCGAGAGAAGAACGUCUUCUUUAUGGAGGCCGUUUGGACCCGAUUCUUCCCUCUCAGCAUCAAGAUUCGAGAGAUGAUCCAGUCCGGCGUCAUUGGCCCCGUCUACCGGGUAACUGCCGAUCUCUCCUUCGGAAAUGACCUCCCCAAUGGCAGGAUUGACUUUCCUGAUUCCCACCGUAUGGUUAACCCCGAUCUCGCUGGUGGCGCCCUGCUCGACCUGGGCAUCUACUCUUUGACCUGGGUAUUCCAGACGCUCUACCACCUGAAGGCCGAGGAAGACAAGGAGGUCCCCAACGUGGUGUCUGCCAUUAACAAAUAUGACACUGGCACGGAUGAGAUGACCACCAUUAUCUGCCAAUUCCCCAAGAGCAAGGCCAUGGGUAUCGCCAUGACCAGCUUGCGCGUCGGCACCGACCUGGACGGGCUCUACACUGGCGGACCUGCUAUUCGCAUCCAGGGCGCUGGUGGCGAGAUCCAAGUGAAGGGUCCCGCGUACCGGCCUACCGAGUACUCUGUGAUUAAGAAGGACGGUAAAGGCCAGGUCGAGUUGGUUGAGUGCCCGAUCCCCCAGGACCCCAAGCGUAACAACUGGGGCCACGGCAUGUUCUGGGAAGCCGAUGAGUGCGCACGAUGCAUCCGCGAUGGAAAGAAGGAAAGCAGCACCAUGCCGUGGUCGGAGAGCAUCGUGAUCCUCGAGACUAUGGAGUCAGCGCUCACGCAGGGUGGUGUGCAGUACCCGGACCUGAUUACGUCGGACGUUUUCGAUGCCAACAGCCCGCUCAACACUGGCAAGCGAUAA